AUGACUAAAAAGAAAUUCUUGAGGUGGCUAGGACCCAGGCAGGCCUCAACAAAAUCAGAUGACGCGGAGAACUUAGACCUAUCAGAUGUAUUUUGUACACCAAAAGACUUCUCCAGAGUAAACUUUGACAACUUCGAAAUUCUAGAAAGAAACAAUUUUGAUCCUCCACAGUUAGCAUCUAAGCAUAAAGAUGAGUCAGCAGAACCAUCAGAGAAAGAUCUUCACCCAAAAUCCAUAGCGAAUGCACAAGUAAUGCUGAGAAUCGGGGGAGAUGAUAUUAAAGGAAAAAAUUGUAUAGAAUGUCAGCAGAAUUUCGUUACAAAAGUGGGGCGACCAUAUGCAAUUACAGCAGAAGCCGGGGUACAUCAUAAGGAAGAUCAAUUAAGGUUAAUGUUACCUUCGACUAGCCCUUAUUUACCACAAUAUCCAUUUGCAUCUUCUUUGAAUCAAUAUCCGCAGGUUUCACCAUAUUUUCCUAUGGCUCCGCUACCUCCACCUUUUGUAUUUCCUGGAUAUUUUUACUCUGGAGCAGACUUUCGAUCUCCAUUGUUUAAAAAUAGUAUUUCAUCCAUUUCUGAAGAACCUACUUUUGAACACAAAUAUUUGACCAACUCAAACCAAGAACAUACCUUUGCCAACAUAAUAAACGUAAAUCAUCCCAAAAUUCUUCACACCACAGACCUAACUAAUGAUGUAGUUCAUGAAGCUAAAAGUGAAAGCAUUAUUGAAUUACCUUUUGGAAAGGGAGAUCGCUUGGUAGAUAUAGGUAACUCAUUUGGCAUACCAGAGGUUGAUUCAUGUAAGUACAAAUUAUCGCCUAAACCAUGUUCGAUUACUCGCGAGCAGUUAGCUUCAACAACGCAGGAAGAAACAGAGUCGGACCCACCUGAAGUCUCUAUUGACAUGGAUCCUACCAAAAAAAUCGUAUAUUUGCCUUACGACAGGUCUACAGAAAUUUAUAAUAACGAAGGCGAAAAACCAGUUUAUGAAGACCAGUCAAAUGAUAUACCACCAGUUCAGAAGGAAAGUCCGUUAAAUUUCUUAUCAGGUUAUGCUAAAGACCAAAAUGUUUACUUAUCUCACAACAAAAAAAUUGGUACUAUGACCCCGGAGUCACAUGUAAAAUCAACAAAUUUAAACAGAGAAAGCCAAAAUGUAUUCUAUUCUACGCCAAGAGAUCAUUCUAUAAAUGUAUUGGCAGAAAAAAAAGAGACACCCAUUAUUAACCCAGAUAAUUAUAAAGAAAACAAUUUAUGGUCGCAACUAAACAAACACGAUUUACCAAUACAUCUAAACUAUUUGCAAAAGGAAUCUCCAAUUCUUUUACAAAAUACAUAUAACAAACAUCAUACUCAUUAUAAUCCAUCACAAGAUCAAGAUAAACCAUGCGAUAUUAAACAAGAACAUAAUAUUGAAUACUGCAAACUAAAUACAGAAAAAGUCUUAAAAAUAUCCAAGCAAGAAAAAGAACAUCCCAUAGUAAUAGGAAAUCACAAUGAAAGACCAAUUUCAAUUACAUCUCACCGUGAGGUUCCUUUUUCAAUAACCUCUAAUCACGAGAGGCCUUUUCACCUACUUAAUAGCCAGAAAGACACUCCUAUUCAUUUAGAAUCACAUAAAGAAAUUCCAAUUUAUAUAUCCUCUAAGAAGGAAGUUCCUAUUUCGGUAAUGAAUUAUAAGGAAAGACCUAUUACCAUAUCAGGAAAUAAAGAGGACUCUAUUUCGAUACCUUCAUAUAAAGAAUGCCCACUUUAUAAAAACGAAUGUACAGAAAUAGUAAAUAAUAUAUGUGACGAAGCUCCUAUCUCCAUAGCAAAUUGUAAAGAAAGUCCAAUUUCUAUACACUCCCCUCGUGAAUCUCCAGUUUCUAUAAAUGCACACAAAGAAAAAUCCAUUCACUUUGAUUCCUGUAAAGAAGCACCAAUUUCUCUAACUGCGCACCCAGAAUCUCCUAUUUCAAUUAAUAAACAAAAAGAACGACCUAUCAGUUUUCGAGAAAAACCAAUCUCCAUAUCUGCCAACAAAGAAGCUUCUAUAGUAAUAUCCAGUAAAAAAGAGAAGCCGGUUUGUAUAGAAACAUGCCCGGAAGCCAUUAAUGUUGUAUGUGAACAGUCUCCUCCAAUCUGCGAAAAGCCUGUAUGUAUCACAGCAAUAAAGGAAUCACCUAUUUCUAUAUCUGCAAAGAAAGAACAUCCGAUUACGAUAGCUACACAAAAAGAAACACCAAUCGCAAUAAAAUCUGAAAAAGAAAGACCUAUUGCAAUAUUAACUGUUAAAGAACAACCUAUUUCUAUAUUGACUGAAAAAGAAGCACCUAUAUCAAUUAAAGGUAAAAAGGAAACAUCAAUUUAUAUAAAAGAAUGCCCGAAAGUAGUGCAUGAUACAUGUAAAGAACCCCUUCCAGCUUGUGAGAAACCAAUUUGUAUUACGUCUAUUAAAGAGGCACCAAUUUCUAUCAUUGCUGAAAAAGAAACACCAAUUUCUAUAACCCCUAAUAAAGAACUUCCAAUUUCAAUAGUUGCGGAAAAAGAAACUCCAAUUGAUAUUACAGCGAAAAAAGAAACUCCUAUCACAAUUGCAUCGGUGAAAGAUCUACCUAUCUUUAUAUUAGGUGAAAGAGAGGUUCCCAUAUCUAUUUCGGGUAAAAAGGAAUCACCGAUUUAUAUAGAAAAAUGCCCAAAAGUAAUUCAUGAUAUAUGUGAAGAACCUCUUCCAACUUGUGAGGAACAACCAAUUUGUAUCACCCCUGUUAAAGAGGUACCAAUUUCUAUAAUUGCUAAAAAAGAAAAACCAAUUUCUAUAAUUGCUGAAAAAGAAAUUCCAAUUUCUAUAAUUGCAGAAAAGGAAACACCUUUUGAAAUAACAGGGAAAAAAGAAACUCCCAUCUUCAUUUCACCUGUAAAAGAGAAGCCUAUCUCUAUAUGUGGUGGAAAUGAAUCUCCCAUAUCUAUUAUAGGUAAAAAAGAAACACCAAUUUAUAUAAAAGAAUGUCCAAAAGUGAUUCAUGAUAUAUGUGAAAAACCUCUUCCACCUUGUGAGGAACAACCAAUUUGUAUUACGUCUGUUAAAGAGGCACCAAUUUCUAUAAUUGCUGAAAAAGAAACACCAAUUUCCAUAACCGCUAAGAAAGAACUUCCAAUAUCCAUAGUAGCCAAAAAAGAAACACCUAUUGAAAUUACAGGCAAAAAGGAAACUCCCAUUUCGAUUCCAGCAGUAAAAGAGCAGCCUAUAUUUAUAUGUGGUGGAAAUGAAGCUCCCAUAUCUAUUACAGGUAAAAAAGAAACUCCAAUUUAUAUAGAAGAAUGUCCAAAAGUAGUUCCUGAGAUAUGUGAAAAACCCCUUCCAGUUUGUGAGGAACAACCAAUUUGUAUCCCAUCUGGUAAAGAAACACCGAUCUCUAUCAUUGCUGAAAAAGAAACACCAAUUUCUAUAACUGCUGAAAAAGAACUUCCAAUUUCCAUAAUCGCAGAAAAAGAAACUCCUAUUGAAAUAUCAGGCAAAAAAGAAACUCCCAUCUCCAUUCCAGCAGUAAAAGAGCAGCCUAUAUCUAUAUGUGGUGGAAAUGAAUCACCCAUAUCUAUUACAGGUAAAAAAGAAACUCCAAUUUAUAUAGAAGAAUGUCCAAAAGUAGUUCCUGAGAUAUGUGAAGAACCUCUUCCAGUUUGUGAAGAACAACCAAUAUGUAUUUCAUCUGGUAAAGAAGCACCAAUCUCUAUCAUUGCUGAAAAGGAAACACCAAUUUCUAUAAUUGCUAAAAAAGAACUUCCAAUUUCCAUAAUUGCAGAAAAAGAAACACCUAUUGAAAUAACAGGCAAAAAGGAAACUCCUAUCUCCAUUCCAGCAGUAAAAGAGCAGCCUAUAACUAUAUGUGGUGGAAAUGAAGCUCCCAUAUCUAUUACAGGUAAAAAAGAAACUCCAAUUUAUAUAGAAGAAUGUCCAAAAGUGGUUCCUGAUAUAUGUGAAAAACCUCUUCCAGCUUGUGAGGAACAACCAAUUUGUAUUCCAUCUGGUAAAGAAUCACCAAUCUCUAUAAUCGCUGAAAAAGAAACACCAAUUUCUAUAACUGCUGAAAAAGAACUUCCAAUUUCCAUAAUAGCAGAAAAAGAAACUCCUAUUGAAAUAACAGGCAAAAAAGAAACUCCCAUCUCUAUUCUAGCAGUAAAAGAGCAGCCUAUAUCAAUAUGUGGUGGAAAUGAAGCACCCAUAUCUAUUACAGGUAAAAAAGAAACUCCAAUUUAUAUAGAAGAAUGUCCAAAAGUAGUUCCUGAGAUAUGUGAAGAAUCCCUUCCAGUUUGUGAGGAACAACCAAUUUGUAUCCUAUCUGGUAAAGAAGCACCAAUCUCUAUCAUUGCUGAAAAGGAAACACCAAUUUCUAUAACUGCCAAAAAAGAACUUCCAAUUUCGAUAAUUGCAGAAAAAGAAACACCUAUUGAAAUUACAGGCAAAAAGGAAACCCCCAUCUCCAUUCCAGCAGUAAAAGAGCAGCCUAUAUCUAUAUGUGGAGGGAAUGAAGCACCCAUAUCUAUUACAGGUAAAAAAGAAACAGCCAUUUAUAUAGAAGAAUGUCCAAAAGUGGUUCAUGAUAUAUGUGAAGAACCUCUUCCAGCUUGUGAAGAACAACCAAUUUGUAUCACGUCUGUGAAAGAAGCACCAAUCUCUAUUAUUGCUGAAAAAGAAACACCAAUUUCUAUAUUUGCUGAAAAAGAACUUCCAAUUUCUAUAAUUGCAGAAAAAGAAACACCUAUUGAAAUAACAGGCAAAAAGGAAACUCCUAUCUCCAUUCCAGCAGUAAAAGAGCAGCCUAUAUCUAUAUGUGGUGGAAAUGAAGCACCCAUAUCAAUUACAGGUAAAAAAGAAACGGAAAUUUAUAUAAAAGAAUGUCCAAAAAUAAUUUGUCCCAUAUGUGAAGAACCGAUUCCAGCUUGUGAAGAACCGAUUUGUAUACAGCCUGUUAAAGAGGCACCAAUUUCAAUCAUUUUUGAAAAAGAAACACCAAUUUCUAUAGCUUCUGUGAAAGAAUCACCAAUUGCAAUAAAAGCGGAGAAGGAAUCUCCAGUAUCUAUAUUAGCACAAAAGGAGUUACCAAUUUCAAUAACAGCUAAAAAAGAAUCAUCAAUUUAUAUACCAAUAUGCACAGAAGUACCCAUAUGUGAAGUUCCAGUGAAUUGUUGCUAUGAAACUCCAAUUACGAUUACAGCUAAAAAGGAAAUUCCAAUUAAUAUAGAAUCAAUAAAAGAAACACCCGUUUCGAUAUGUGGACAUAAGGAAGCAGCUAUCUCAAUAUUACCUAUUGCUGAACGUCCUAUCUCUAUAACUGCUCAAAAAGAAACUCCUAUUAAUCUACAAUAUUAUAAGGAAACACCAAUAUCCAUAAUUUCUCAUCACGAAAGUCCUGUACAAAUUGAUAUAUGUCAAGAAAAACCUGUAAUCACAUGUGAACAAGAAACUCCACUUUGUAUUACAUCAAACAAAGAGGAACCUAUUUGUAUACAUUCAAAUAAAGAAUGUCCAGUUGCUAUAUUAUCUCAUCAUGAAUCACCAAUUUCUAUAAGCUCACAUAAAGAAAGUCCUCUUUCUCUUAUAUCUCACCAUGAAUCACCAAUUUCUAUAAGCUCACAUAAAGAAAGACCUCUUUCUCUUAUAUCUCACCAUGAAUCACCAAUUUCUAUAAGCUCACAUAAAGAAAAACCUCUUUCCCUUAUAUCUCAUCAUGAAUCACCAAUUUCUAUAAGCUCACAUAAAGAAAGACCUCUUUCUCUUAUAUCUCAUCAUGAAACACCUAUUUCUAUACAGUCUUGUAAAGAAAGUCCGAUAUAUGUAGAAUCUUGUAAACAUACUCCAAUUUCUGUUUGCCCACAUGAAGCUCCUAUUUCCAUAACGGAAUGCAAGGAAGCACCUAUAAGUAUUGAUUCAUGUAAUCAAGGUGUUCCUUGUUUCGACUCUUGUCGACCAAUAGCUGGUCCUAAUGUAUGCCAAUCUUUACCAGAAAAACCAAUUUAUAUUGAAUCAUGUAAAGAAAAACCGGUUUUAAUAAAUUCCCAUCAUGAAGCUCCUAUUUCCUUAACGGCGCAAAAAGAGUUGCCUAUAUGUACUGAAUCUGGCAAAGAAGUACCUAUUGCAAUAGGACACAAGCCUGAGGCACCUGUUUGUAUUACAUCUCAAAAAGAGAAACCAAUUGUAAAAACCUGUAAAGCAGUAUGCGAAAAAAUUCCUCCUUGUCAAGAGCAGCAGAUUUGCCCUUCGCUGGAACCUUUCUGUAAACAAUACCAUUACUACAAAGAUGAAAAUGAUUGUGAAUAUUCUCCUGUGCAAGUAGAAGGAAUCGUGCGCGUUCCGCAUGCACAUAGCGAAAGACCACUUGUUAUUAACUUGAACAAAGUUGAAAGGCAGAAGGUUUUGCCGUCGAAACCUGUUCCAACUAAAGUAUGUUAUAUAGAUGUCGAGCUGUCAUCACCGGUAAAAGGAUGUAAAGAAGUGGAAGAAUGGCUAAACAAUUCAUUAGUGCCAUAUAAAUGUAAUCAAUGUGGCAAAAAAAUGUUAGUGUCAUAUCCAAUAUCCCAAAGUACAAAUAUUCCUGAGAUACCAAUAACCGAUAUAGUUUCUUCCAAGUCAACUUGCAAUAAAAAGAAUUUUAACUGCCCUUGUUGCCAAAUAAAAGGUUUUUGUGACUGUGCCAACUGCCAAUGUAAGAGAGAACCCAAUAUACCUUACGGUAAAAGGUUUAGAGCAGAUGUAGAUUCACUGUAUCAUGUCGCUCCUUCAGAAGAAUGGAGUCCAACGUAUCCUAAUUCAAUUUGGGAUAAAAUUGAAGCAGCUCCUCAGACUUACAAUAAUCCACCGUCAUGCUCUUCUCAGUUACCCGUUUCAACAUAUUCAAAAUUACCUCCCUGUUCUCAAGCAGUACCAUCAAUAUGUGCAUGUCAACCUAGUCAUAGACCUCUACCAGUUCCUUAUGCCGCAGGUCACUCAGCUGCAUUUACAUCCACUUCUCUUAUGGGAAUUACCCAUAUUGGAAAUCGGGACCCCAAAGUGAUAUAUAAUGGAUUUACUGCGCUGGCAGGAGGUGGUUAUUACAGUGAUCCUUAUCAUCAUAUCGUUUACAAACAACCUACUAUACAACAAUAUGUCUCUAAACCUAAUCCGUGUAAACCAGAUUUGCAAGCACAUCACAUUGAGUCGCCUCAAUUGUAUCAAGUGAUUCCCAAGAACGAUUGCGCUAAACCUUGUCAAUCUCUUAAUACACCGAAGUUAGUACCUACUAAUAAUUUCUAUUGUAUAGUGUAG